GCGCAAGUCUCGCGAACUCGUGUCAAAUUAGACUUCAGUGAAGCGUGCGGCGAAUUUUUUCAGCGACCAUGGCUUCCGAUACCAAGGCCGUCCCCACCGGAGAAAAUCAAACCGAAAUCGAAGCGACCGUCGUCUCGGGCUUGGAGUCGAUGGCUCGGGAGGAGAUUCGAGAGAAAUUCGGAGUCCGAGCGGAAAUCUGUCGUGGGAGGGUGUGGUUCCUGCUACCUGCUGACAGGGUCAAAGAGAUUUUCCAACUGCAGUCCGUGGACAAUUUAUUCGUCGUAGUUGAACGGUUCGCUGCAGCUGAAUUCGUCGGUGAUGAAGCGCUGGACUUGGAAUGGAUCUACAGGAUGGCUGCGCGGAUCAACUGGGAUCGAGGAGUGAGAGCGUGGACCGACAUUCGAGCUCCGACUCGGACACUCGAGGAGUGUUACGCGCUAAUGGGCUCCGCAGGAGAUCAGGUUUCUAAGGAGAACGUGGAAAAACUUCCGAAAUUCAGAGUGACAUGUAAUCGCAGCGGGAAGGAACAUAAGUUCACGUCGAUGCAAGCUGCUUCGAAGUUCGGCGCUGGCGUCAACGACUUCUUCCACUGGCAGGUUGACAUGAAGAACUUCGACAUGAAUAUCAUCGCCAACAUCGCCGAUUCCAAGAUGGAUAUUCUGAUCGCGUUGACGACAUCGUCCCUGCACCACCGCAAUCUCGUGGAGUUCGGACCGACAUCUCUACGGUCCACGAUCGCGUAUUGCAUGCUGAGGCUCUGUCGCGUAAAGCCCGGGGAGAUAAUUGUAGAUCCUCUGUGCGGAGGCGGCUCGAUCCCCAUAGAGGCCGCCCGGAACUUCAGUGACAGUUUUGUGCUGUGCGCCGAUCAUCACGAACUCGCAAUUCCUCGCUGUCGCAGCAACAUCAAUCACAACUCCCUCGAGGGAAGAACCGAUCUCAUCCAGUGGGACAGCAGAAACAUGCCGCUCCGGAAUGCGACGAUUGAUGUUCUAGUAACAGACCUUCCAUUCGGGAAACGGAUGGGCUGCAAACGCGACAAUAGGUGUCUAUAUCGCGAACUGUUGCAGUCGAUGGCCAGAGCUUCGGUGCCUGGAACCGCCAGAGCCGUUCUGCUAACCCAAGACCGCAGAUCACUCACCCUGGCGGUAAGUCAGUGUCAUAAAUGGUGGAGAGCUGGCUACACGGUAGCUUGUAACAUCGGGGGACUCGAUGCCAUCAUCAUGGUUUGUCAUCGGACCAGCGAGCCCUAUUAGAAUCAAGAUUUCCGAGGAUAUGGGACGGACAGCGCGCUCGAAAUCAUGCUUCGAUUCCCCGGCUCCAAGAGGACUGGAGUGACUAUAGGACCAAUGGCUCCAAAGAUCACCUCGGGUAGCAAACAUCUCUUCGCUGGGGGAGCUCAAACGACUUGGGUACAAAGGAAGCGGGAGCGAAUCGAAACGCACACUUGCCCUUCUGCCGUUAAUAAUAAUUUAUCUCAGCUCAUGGAUCAUGAUCAUCAUAACCGUGGAACUUCCCCAUCCCAAGGUGAUGCGAGU